AACGGCACAAAUUCUAAUUUUCACGCACAGCAGCAACGGAGAGGGGGUUUGACAGAGCUGGCUGCAUUGACUGUUCAGUCAGUGCUUUCUGGUGGUGUGGAAGUGUCUCAUUUACGUAAGAGACUGCGCCUGCUGACUGGGACUCAGAGAGUUCUGUUAUUCAUUCUGGAGGGGGAACUCUUGGCCAUGGGGAUAUGGUCACUUGGACUUGGUGCUGUUGGCGCAGCCAUUGCUGGCAUCUUCUUGGCCAACACUGACUUGUUAUUGGCUAAGCCAGAGCAGGCCACUCUGGAAUAUCUGGAGGAUGCCAGCCUUAAAACAAUAGGAGAUGAUGAGAAGACCUUUAAAGCCAAGAAUCUGUGGGAGAGGUCUGGGGCAGUGAUCAUGGCUGUGCGGCGGCCUGGAUGAUUCUUGUGCAGAGAGGAGGCCUCUGAGCUGUCCUCUCUGAAGCCCCAGCUGGAUAAGCUUGGGGUGCCUCUGUAUGGGGUGGUCAAGGAGAAUAUUGGCACAGAGAUUCAUGACUUCAGAGCACAUUUUGCAGGGGAGAUCUUCCUAGACGAGAAGCAAUGCUUCUAUGGGCCCAAGCAAAGAAAAAUGGGUGGCUUGGGCUUUAUUCGCAUGGGGGUGUGGCAGAACUUCAUCCGGGCCUGGAAGAGUGGGUAUAAAGGCAACAUGAAUGGCGAGGGCUUUGUCCUUGGUGGGGUGUUUGUCAUCGGAGCAAGGAAGCAGGGCAUUCUUCUAGAACACCGGGAGAAGGAGUUUGGGGAUAAAGUCAACACUACUUUGGUUUUAGAAGCAGCUAAGAAAGUACAGAUAGAAAAGUAGAUUUUUUUCAUUAUGAUUAAAAACUUUCAGAUGAAUUAGAUUAUCCAUUCACAUUAGAAUAUACACCCAGUUUUGUGCCGAUUGCUGUGUUUGUCUAAAGAAAAAAUCCCAAUGAGAACUCAUUCCACGCACAUGUCCCAUCAUCAAUGUUCUUUAUGUUAACACUUUUUUGCUGUGAUUUCUUCCCAGAGGGUUCAUGAUUGUCUUUGUUUCCUGUGGUGACAUUUGGUGCACAGGAAGCUGAAGUGACCCUUUGCUGCUGCCACUUUUGAGGAAGUAGGUGUACAGUCAGGAGAAUGCUUUUUGAUAUGGCAGCACUUGUUUCAGGGAUAAUGUAGUUUCUUUACACUGCUGACUGUGAAAUCAUAUUUAAUACAUAUUCUUGUCUUGAUAAUCCUGUUAAAUGGAACUUUACGGUUCUACAAUGACCUUUUCUGUAAAGGCUGAAGUAUCGGUGUCUUCAGGGCCUGUGGCCAGACCAGUGCAGCAGUGUUUUGUUUGUGCUCAUGACAACCUGUGUCUAAACUCCAUGGAGCGGACAGGUCUGAUACCUCACAUUACCAGACAUGGCUGUUGGUAGUGGGCUGACAGGCUACCCUGGAGACAAGCUAGUGUACCAGCUCAUAAUAAACAUAAUCAAUCUCCUUUU